AGUUUCUCAAGAAGAAUGGCACAAAUAUAAAACGAGCGUUACUCUGCAAAACUAAACCAAAUUGCGAAGCUCAAAACUCUCUCACUCACUUCCCAAGGUCCAUUCAAUUCCAACACCAAUGCGUCACUACGCGUACUCUUGGCUCUUCAUCGGGAUUUGCGCCACCGUCUGGAUGCUCGCUUCCUCGCCGCCAACGGCGGAGGCAGGAGGAGUAGGAAUGGAGAUGGCGUGGAUGCCGUCCGUGGAAGAGGAGUCGGAAUUGGAGAUGGACAGCGAGAUCAAUCGGCGCAUUUUAGCGAGCAGCAGGUACAUAAGCUACGAAGCGAUACGGCGUGACACUGUGCCGUGUUCUCGCGCCGGAGCGUCCUACUACAAUUGCAAGCCUGGCGCGGAGGCCAACCCUUACCAGCGAGGCUGCAGCGCCAUUACCAGGUGCAGGCGCUAGCUCUAUUUUUUCUUUAGAGGAAAAUUCAUUUGUUCAUGCUUAUGCACUUUUCCUCUUGAAAUAAUAAUUCUUCAGAUUCUCUAAUUUAAACUUAGCUUUCUGUUUUCAUGUAAAACUUAAUUAUAUUCUAUAAUAUUUA